AUGUCUAUGAAAGAUUAUAUUUUUAUAAAAACUCCUAAUAUUGAAAUUAAUAAUUAUAAAAAUGAUAAAAUAAAUUUAAGUUCAUUCUACUCUUCAAUAGCAUUAUUUAUUUUUCCUAUAACAAUAUGUAUAGGAUAUAUAAUUUUUUGUAUUAAAUAUAUUUUUUACUAUAAUGAAACUGAAAUAGAUAAAAUUGAAUUAGUAUUUUUUAAUAAAAAUAAUGAAAAUAAUAGAUUGGCAUGGGACAUUAAAUUAAUUGUUUUGGGUGAAAUAGUUUUUGUACAUACAUGCGGAAUGAUUUUUUUAACAGUAAUUUCUAAAAAUUUUAUAGCAUGUUAUAUUAUAUUAAUUAUGUCAAUUUUUUUUGGUUUACAUUGCCAACAAUUAUUGAAUUUUUUUAACAUUGAAAUUAAUGGAACUUUAUUAAUAUUUAUUAUUGGAGUUUCAUUUAUUAUUGAAAUAAUAUCUAUUUGUGUUAAAAAAUUUAAUUUUAUUAAGAAUGUCUUUGUUAUCAAGAUGGCUGUAUUACUUACUUUAAAUCAAUUGAAAAUAUGGCCUAAAUGGGGAUGGUGGAUUAUGCCAUUAUUGUUAUCACUUUUUGAGGCAUAUACUUUUUUAAAAGAAUCACAGGCAUCUGUAGAAAAAUCUUUUAAUUUUAUGAAUGAAAUUCACAAUGAUAUUUCUUAUUUAUUAACUUAUACUUCACAGAUUCCUGAAUCAUCAGAUAAUGUAAAAAUUGUAGAUAUUAAAAAUUUAACUAAUGAUAAAGAACUAAAACAAUAUACUUAUUAUGAUUAUUUGAUUGGAAAUUUUUUAUGUUAUUUUAUGUUAAUGGGAUAUAUUGUUACUUUUAAUGAAUGGAAUCUAAUUAUAAUUUGUUAUAUUUCAAUCAUAGUUGGUAUAUUAUUAACAAGACAUUUUCAAGUUAUGUACAAAAAUUUUUUACCAGAUUUGAUUGGACCGACAAUUCUUUGUUUAUCCAUGCUAUAUUUAACGAAUGUAUUUAUAUCUCCAUUUAUUCAACAACUUUUUAAAUAUUUUCAUGGAAAAAUUUAUUUUUCUUAA